UACCAACACCUGAGAGCCCAGACCGAGACCAGCAGCCACCCGUUUGCUUGCCUCACCUCUUGCAAUGUGUCACAAAACGCCGUAAUAGUGAGCGCUAAGGAAGCCGAGGAGGGGAAGACAGGUGAAGGAUAGCCAGGAGCUGCGGGAGGUGCAGGGGGGAGCAAGGCACGGCGGCGAGGCGGAGGUCACGAAAGUCAAGCCAGCCAGCAUGGGGUCAACAGAGCAGUGGGCGUGUCAGGAGCUGGAGAAGUUGGGAAUAUGUGACCCACACGUGAUCAUCCACUACCUGCAGCCCAUCGAGGACGCGGCUGAGGUGGAGGACUACCUGACCUCCCUGCUGGAUGCCUCUCAGCCGCCCCACGCAGCCUUCAUCCGGGAGUUUGUUCGGCGGCAGCAGGAGGUCAAAGAGAGCGUGGACAACCGAUUCUACCGUAAACCAGACCUGGAGGAGUCUGCACCCCCUGUCAAGACCUCCGAGAAGAAGAAGCAGAAAGGACCGAAGGAGGGCAAUGGAAGAGGACAGAGAGAUGGAGGAGGAGGAGAGGGGGAAGGAAGCAGUGUGACCUCCCCCUCCACUCCUAAGAACUCCAACACCUCCUCCUCGUCCAACCCUUCCUCCAAGCCUUCCUCAGGUAAGAAAAAGUACACUAAUCUGUAUUCCGAGGACGGGGCAAAUCGGGACGUGGUGAUGCUGAGUGGCCGGCACCGCUGCGAGUGCCAGGCGUCAAAACACAGACUUGUCGGGAACUGUCUGCAGUGUGGGCGUGUGGUGUGCCAGCAGGAGGGGUCGGGGCCGUGCCAGUUCUGCGGUGCUCUGGUCAUGACGCGCGAGGAGAGGGAGCUUUUGGGGCGCGGGUCGAAGAAGUCCGAAGCCUUGCAUCGCCGACUGACGAGCGAGAAAAAUGCCACAGUGAGUGAUCUGCCACCACCGCAGGAGCAGGACGCGUUACAGAAGGCUGUCGACCACAAGAACCGCCUCCUGGAGUUUGACCGGACCAGCGAGAGACGGACGAAGGUUCACGACGACGAGAGUGAUUACUUCAACACUAAUUCCCGCUGGCUGUCCGAGGGUGACCGCACUAAACUGAGAGACCGUGAGGAGGAGCUACGCACCAAGAGGUUUUCGCGUGGCGGCCAAACCGUGACCUUGGACCUGGCGAACCGGCGGGUGGUGGCGGACGAACACCUCACCGCCAUAUACGACCCCAACGACCCACUGGUUAAAGAGGUCCUGGAGAGCCGAACGAGCGACAUCUUCUCCGCGCCGGACCGGGAGGAGAGCGGACCGAAAGUGGAGGUGAGUCGACCUAUGUAUCGCGACACCAACACCGCCACUCACAACACCAACACCGCUCAUACUAAACCAACCGAUGGGAAGUUUGCUGGUUCGCUGCGAGUCCAGGAUCGUGAGUUACAGGAGAUGCGCGAUGAAGGGGUGUGUCUCAGCAUGCACCAGCCCUGGGCAAGCCUCCUUAUCACUGGGAUAAAGCUACACGAGGGGCGGACAUGGUACUCCCCUCACCGUGGACGCCUCUGGAUCGCCGCUGCAGGCAAGACACCCCAGGAGAACGAAAUACGGGAGCUGGAGAACCGCUACCGUGUCCUAUUAAACAACGACAACCUACCCUUCCCGCACUACUACCCGCCUGGCUGUCUCCUGGGCUGCGUUGAUGUGGUGGACGUAUUGCCUCAGGAGGAGUACCGAGAGAGGUUUCCAGAUGGUGACAGUCAGAGCCCCUUCGUCUUCAUCUGCCAGAACCCGCAGGAGAUGGUGCUUAAGUUCCCCAUCAAAGGCCAGCACAAGAUCUUCAAACUGGACCCCAAGAUUCACCAGACGGCCAAGAAAGCGCUUAGACCCAGGGAGGAAUAAGGAUUAGGAGGAGAAGGAGGAGGUGAGGCUGGGAGAAAGAACAAGAAUAAUAAUGCAGAUAGAGGCAAAAAGAGAGGAAGCAAGAGGAGGAAGAGGAAUGUUGAGGCUGGAAGAAAGGAAAAGGAGGAGGAGGAGAUAAAUAGAGACAAGGCAAAAGGUCAAAUUAGAGAGAUAAGGCAGGAAGGAAAGGAGGAAUGAAUGGAGGGAGGAGAAACAGGAGAGAAAAGGCAGGCAGGGAAGGAAAGGAAAGAAUAAGUAAAUAGAGAGAUGGAAGGGAAGGAGUGAGAGAAGGAGGAAAAGAGAAGCUGAGAGAAGGGAAGGAAAGAAAUGAAACAAGAAAAAGAAAAGCAGGCACGGAGAGGAAGAAAAGGGAGUGAAUUAUGAAAGGGAGAGAAAAAAGAGAAUGGAAAGGAAGGAGUGAAGAAUAAGGAAAAGUGAAGAGAAAAAUAAAAAAAAGAAAAAAGAUACUUGUGAAUUUAUACACACACACACACACACACACACACACACACACACACACACACACACACAUUAUUAAAGGGUGAGGUAUUAUGUAUUAUUCAAGUUUACAUAUUAAGAAGACAAAAGGGGAAAAAAAAGUUUGAUUCAAAUAUAUAUUCCUAUGAAAAUGUUAACUUACUGUAUUAUAAGGGAAAAGGGACGUUAAGUUAAUGGCUUGAGGUGAUAAUAUUGUUGUCAAGUUCACCUGGCUGGCUGAUAGGUGAUGGUUUGUAACAUUGCUCACCUGCCCUUUAAGUGAAACAAGUCCUGGAUGUUGAUUAAAAGCUGCCUUAUGUUAAAAUGUUUCUUACCUGGCUGGCUGAUAGGUGAUGAUCUGUAACCUUGCUCACCUGCCCAUUAAGUGAAACAAGCCCUGGAUGUUGAUUAAAAGCUGCCUUAUGUUAAAAUGUUUCUUACCUGGCUGGCUGAUAGUGAUGAUUUGUAACCUUGCUCACCUGCCCAUUAAGUGAAACAAGUCCUGGAUGUUGAUUAAAAGCUGCCUUAUGUUAAAAUGUUUCUACCUGGCUGGCUGAUAGUGAUGAUUUGUAACUUCACUCACCUGCCCAGUAAGUGAAAUGAGUCUUGGAUGAUGAAUUAACCCAGUAGCAGCGGGGAUCAUGUUUCUUAAUGGUCCCUCUAAGCGAGAAAAAUGAGAAAAAAUCAUCACUCACACAAACCAUUUCAUAAUAUAUAUCAAAGCAUUUGUGAUCAGUUUAUGCAUCAUCUAUUUUGGGGUUUAUAUCAUGGCAAAAAUUGGCCCGUCGCUGCUUCACGAUAAAGCCACAAAUCUGGCCCGUCGCUUCUACCCGGUUAAAAGCUGCCUUAUGUUAUACUGUUUCUUACCUGGCUGGCUGAUAGGUGAUGAUUUGUAACCUCACUCACCUGCCUAGUAAUUGAAAUGAGUCUUGGAUGAUGAAUUAAAAGCUGCCUUAUGUUCAAUGUUA